AUGAUUGUGAAGGCAAAAGAGGAAGAGGACUAUCUUCCUUCACUCAGGCAGUUUCUUCAAAGGCUUCGCAGGGGAAUUGAUGUGGACCCUUCCAAAAUCAAGGCGAUUCUCGAAAUGGAGCCACCAAAAUCCGAGAAAGGCGUGCGAAGUUUUUUAGGGAAGGUCCAGUUUAUUAGUAGGUUCAUCUCUAAGCUAACCCUAACCUGCGAGCCGUUGUUCCGUUUGCUCAAAAAGGGGGUCCCGUUCGAAUGGACAGAAAAAUGCCAGGUCGCCUUCGAGUCUAUUCAGAGGUAUUUGCAGAGCCUGCCAGCAGUGCUUCCUAUCGAGCUUGAGGUCCCGUCGCUGAGAAUCAUGGUCGAAAGUGGUCUCGAGGAAUCUGAAUGGUUAAACGAGAGACAACAUGCUAGCCUCCAAACUACACCACAGCAAAGGACUCUGCCUUCUGGGAGCUCAGAAACCGUGUACAAAUCGUGUGAGGAUAAAAACAAAGUGCCCCCUGAAAAAGGACAGUUGGUCAGUCAAGUGGAUCUGGCUCUCAGAAACCUAGCGUACGCCAGUUCAUAA